AUCGACCUGAAUUUACAGUCAAUGCAACCGUCAAUUAUUGGGACCCCAAGGAAGCUGCCAUGCAAUUUCCUCUCACCGCAAAGUUCUGUUACGCAAUCACUCUUCCUCAGCUGCCUGGCAACUUCAUUCCUCUAUCUUUAUUCUCAAAUUUUUUCUUCUUUGUGCAAUUAUAUAAGUCCAGUACAUUUUGUUCAUUUCCUCGAUACUUCCAUAUCUUCCCUCCCAAAUCAAUGGAACCACUCAAAGUUCCCAAAUUAUCCUUUGGUUGCUUCCUUCACAAGGGUCUCAAAUUGAGCACCCUUCCUCGCCUCCGAUCAAAAUCCAGCUCGACUUUGAGCUCUCCUUCAUCCUCCAACACCUCUCCAAUUACUCCGAAAAGUACAGCCUCAUGGGAAGAUGAGCUGAGAGAAGUGUUUCGUCACUUUGACCGCGACAAUGACGGGAAGAUCUCCGCAAUAGAACUCAGAGCAUACUUUGGAUCGGUGGGAGAGUACAUGUCUCAUGAAGAGGCUCAAGGGGUGAUCGAUGACCUUGACACCGACGGAGAUAGCUCCAUUGACUUUCAAGAUUUUAUGAGGCUGAUGAAGAGAGAAGGUGGUGGCGGUUGUGGCUGUGGUGGUGGUGAUCAGGAUGAUCUGAAGGCGGCGUUUGAGAUGUUUGAAUUCGAGAAAGGGUCCGGGUACAUAACCCCCAAGAGCUUGCAGAGGGUGUUGAAUCGUUUAGGGGACUCGAAAUCGUAUGAUGAGUGUGUGGCUAUGAUUCAAGUGUUUGAUACUGACGGCAAUGGAGAGCUUGAUUUUCAUGAGUUUCGUCAGAUGAUGGCUUGAGUAGCAGACUAGCAGUAGUUAUUUGAAUUUCAAGUUGUGCAUGCAAAAAUCUGUUAUUAAUGGCGUAUUUAUAAAUAUUGAAUCCAAUUAAGAAAAAAUGUAUGGAGUCAGUGGCCAUGCAGGUUUAGCUCUUUUGAGCUAUAUAUAUAUAUAUAUUGAGUUUGUAAAUCAAAUAUGGUGGUUGUAUUGUUUGAUGGUUGUUAAUGAUCAAUUUAUUUGUUCUUAGGUUA